AUGUCGGACCCACUCCUCUUCGAAGACACCUUCACGAUCACCGCUAUCAAUUCGCAGAAAUAUGACCGCGUUUCUCGGCUGAGUUGCACCUCGUCGGACACGCUUUCCAGCUUCACUCUCGAUAUCAACUCAGAGCUCUACCCCUGUGUUGUCGGAGAGUCCGUGUCGAUGGCGCUCGCGUCUACUCUCUCCCUGGAUGGCAAAGAUGAUAGCGGAGCAAAGGCAGGCUGGAGAGAAGUUGGAAUGGGAGAGCAGACUCUGGCCAAUGACUACGAUUAUGUCUGUCAUGGAAAGGUUUAUCGGUUUGAAGAAGGAUCGACUUCCGGAAACAUGGCUGUGUUUGUUUCCUUCGGUGGAUUGUUGCUGUAUCUUGAAGGACCCUACAAGAAGCUGGCGCCCUUGAGAAUCGAUUACGUGUAUCUGCUCAUGAAGAAAUAG